AUGGCACCAACACGAAGUGGUAAACGGUUAUGUAGAUUUACAGAAAAAUUGCAAAGUGAAUUCACGUUUUUGAAAAAAGUUCGUAACGAUAACGAUUAUGAUGUGUACUGCACAAUUUGUUCGAGUUCAUUUUCCGUCAGUCAUGGAGGUCGGGCAGAUAUAACUGAUCAUUUAAAAAGAAAUAAACAUAAAACGGCGAAACAAGCGGCUACAUCCAGUUCAGUCAGUAAUUAUUUUACACCUUUAAAAGCAGAUGAUAACACAUUAAAACUUGCAGCAAAAGAGGUAACUUUUGUAUACCAUACAAUUUCGCAUUCUCAGAGUUUUAAUUCAAUGACGUGUACAUCAACUUUAAUUCGUAAGCUGUUUGACGAAAAAAAAUUCACAGCUGCUCGAACUAAAACUCGAGAAGUUGCUGUAAAUGUGAUUGCUCCUUUUGCUGUUCAGUUAACGAUAGACGAUAUAAAAAAAGUUAACUUUGUAUCUAUUUUAGUUGAUGCUUCUAACCAUAAAGCUAUUAAAUUAGUACCAGUAAUUGUGCGUUAUUUUUCAACUACCACUGGAGUAAAAAAUAACAUUUUAGAGUUUUCUAAUUUACCCGGAGAAACUGCUGACAUAAUUUAUAACCAAAUUAUUAAAGUUUUAAAUAAUUUUAAUUUAAAAGAAAAAAUCAUCAGUUAUUCUGCCGACAAUACUAAUACCAAUUUUGGCGGUCUCCAAAGAAAAGGAAAAAAUAAUGUUUUUACAAAAUUAAAAGAAACCCUAAACAGAGAUAUUUUAGGAAUGGGUUGUUACGCACAUAUUAUUCAUAACAGUAUUCAAUGUGCUUCAGAUUGUUUGCCAAUUGAUGUUGAGAGUAUAGUAUGCAAAAUUUUUAGUUUUUUCCAUAUUUACACAGUUCGUGUUGAAAAUCUGAAAGAAUUUUGCGAUUUUGCUGACGUCCAGUACAAAGAUUUACUCUCUCAUUCAAAAACAAGGUGGCUUUCUCUUUUUCCUGCUAUUGAACGCAUCAUAUCAAUUUUUGAUGGUUUGAAAUCAUAUUUUCUGUCUCAAAACAAUUGUCCAAAUGCUCUCAAAAUUUUUUUUGAAAAUGAAAGUGCUUUGUUAUGGCUUAAGUUUUUGUGUAGUCAGUUAAAAACUAUAAACUCGUUUAUAAAGAAAGUUGAAAGUCAAAAAUUAUCUGCGAUUGAAUUAAUGAUUAUUAUGGAAGACCUUAUGGAGAAAAUUGAAAACAAAAGAAAGGAUCGGUUUCUCACGGUAGAAAUUGAAAAUCUCGUAACAAAACUCGAGGACGAAGGACUUAUCAAUAGAACUAAUUUUGAAAGCAAAUGUGACGAAUUUUAUGUACUUUGUUACAACUAUUUAAAAAAAUGGAACAAUUCAAAUCAACAUGUAAAUAAUUUAAAAUCAAUGUUAUGGAUAACAUUAGCCCCAAAGACAAUAGUAAAUUGGGAAAAUGUCAAAAAAUCAGUAAUCUUUAUAAAAACUAUAAUGUCAAAUAAUGUUAAUUUUGAUGAAGAAAUGUUUUUUGAACAAUUUAAAGUUUUUGAAAAAAUUUUUCAUCAACAAAAUGACGAGUGGCAUUGUCAAGAAAUAGAAAAUAAAUGGAUAUAUAUUUUCAAAAUAUUCACCGAUAAUAAUCAUGCAUUUUUUGAGCUAUUAAAAGUUGUUGAAUUUAGUUUUGUUUUACCGGGUUCAAAUGCAGCUGUGGAACGUGUUUUUUCACUGAUGAACAGCACAUGGACAAAUUCAAGAAACAAACUUGAUAUAAAAACGGUAGAAGCUUCUCUUAUUAUAAAAACGUGCUUCAAUAAUACAUCUUGUGAAGAAUUCUACGACCAAAUUUUGGGAAACAAGUCUUUAUUAAAACAAGUUCAUGGAUCAGCCAAAUAUGUAGUAAAAUCAACAGAAAAAACCCUGGACUCCGAAGGUUCCGAAGACUAA